AUGUCGACUCACGAGCGCGACGCGAACCCUCGGGACGAGCUGCCCCCACGCGCGAAGCGCACCCGCGUCGGCGGGGACGAUGCCCCCGCGUCAUCGACCGCGCCGUGCGUCUCGGUGCUCAUGCCCUGCAGGAACGCGAUGCCUUGGCUCCCCGACUGCGUCGGCAGCGUCCUGGCGCAGGUCGGUCUGGAAGAGCACGGAGGUUUGGAGCUCAUCGCGGUGGACGAUUCGUCCACGGAUGGAUCCAGGGAGUGGCUCGACGCCCUCGCCGCGGCGCUGGCCGCGCGGGGCGACGACGCAGUCGGGGAGCCCGCGGACACGAGCGCCACCGCCACCGCCACCGCCACCGCCGCCCCUCCGCCCGGAUCCUCCGCCGACGGCGACGGCGCUGACGAACCCUUCCCCGCCUCGAUGCUCGGGUGGGAAUCCAACACGCACACGCCGCUCACCGUCGAACAGGUGGCCGCGUCAACGGCGCGCGGUAACGUACUCGUGGUCCUGAGCGUCGAGGCGCACGGACCCAGCGGGCAAGGUAAGGCGUUGAACGCCGCGUACCGAGCGGCAAAGGCGGAUCUCGUCGGGGAGAUGGAAUCGGACGACCUUCGCCCGCCAAACGCGUUCGCGACGCUGCGAACGGCACUGAUGAAUAACAAGGAGUGGGACUGCGCCACGAGCCGCGUGCGGCUGUGCGGAUGGCAGCGGCCGGGGAUGGAGCGUUGGAUCGAUUGGCAAAACGAGCAAGUCACCGGGGAAGCCAUGCGAAGGGCUCGGUUCAUCGAGAUACCCGCGCUUCGCGCGUCGGGCUUGUACCGGCGCGAGGCCCUGGAGCGCGUGGCGAUGCGCGACGGCAGGGAGGACGACGUCUCCGACGUACUAGUGCCGGAAGAUGAACCGACGUCUCCAUCCAUGCCGGGAGAUGAACCGUCUCGGCCGUAUCGCGAUCUCUGGGUCGUCGACGGCGUCGUCGCCGACUGCGCGCACGACGCCGACCCGACGUACGAAGCGAUUGGGAGAAAAGGCCGACGUCCCAGCGGGUGGUGGCCCGUGGACGCCGACUUUUGGCAGCGAUGGUUCGCCUGCGGCCUCGUCGCGGGCAAGGUUCGCGAGCCCCUGUAUUACUGGCGGCAGUACCCGUCGCAGAGCACGCGGACGCACGAUCGGUGCUCGCUUGGACAGCUGAGACGGUGCAAGGCGCACUUUUUGCUGGCGCGGGGCGGUGCAGCGCGCGGCCGGUGCGUGCAGGUGUGGGGCACGGGCGAUACCCUCGCGGCAUGGGUGGACGACCUCCGGGGCGUGUUGACGGGGUGGGAUAAGAGCGGCUUCCUCGCGCGGUCGCCCCCGGCGGCGGCGGCGAAUGAGAGCGGCGCGGCCAAGCUUCGCGACGAGCUCCUAUCUAAAGCGGCGCAGGCGACGGUUCGGGCGGUCGAGUACCGUCCGGGCGCUCCCGUGGGAAAGAAGAGGCUGGCGUCGGAGGACGACGCGUCGGCGCGGGCGGUGGCCGAGGCUGGGGUGAAGCUGGACGUGGACGCGGCGGGCCUUCCGCUCCCCCCGAUUCGACUCUUUGCGUUUGGCAUGGAGAAGGCUCGGCGAAAGGUUGCGAGGACGUUCCCGCGGUUCGACGUCCGGGAGGGGGACGAUCACUGGUUCGUGGGGUGA